AUGGCCAAAGUCUCGCAACCGGAGCUCAAGCGCUUCCUCGACAAGCGCAUCGCCGUCAACAUCCAGGGCGGUCGCAAGGUGCAGGGCACGCUGCGCGGCUUCGACAUGUUCCUCAACCUCGUCGUCGACGACGCGAUCGAGCAGGUGCAUCCCGACGCGGGCAACCCCAAUGUAUGGCAGGAUGGCGAACGAUGCGGGACUGUCGUCGUCCGAGGCAACAGCGUCACUUCGCUCGAGGCGCUAGAGAACGUCAAGACACGGUGA